UCCCAUUUGCGACUUCGCACGAUGGCAAUGUUGAGCAGUGUAGGGUUGAUCAUGAUCAUGUGACAGCAGAUUUGGGAGAGAACGGCACUGAGCACAGAAACAUCAGGCGCGACUAAAGGAGUUUCCACAGCGCGAGAGAUAGAGCCUACAAGUGAACAUUGCCCCUGCUUUAAAACCGUUAUUCAAGUGCUCUGAAACACAUCGACGGUCGGUGAAAAAGUCCUGGGGAGAAGCUGUUUUCAACAGCCUGGAUAAGGAAAGGUUUGGUGGCGAUAAAACGUACUCUGUAGAAGAGGAGAGACGCACAAAUCUCAGCGGGCAUGCGGGAGUUUUUGGAGUUAUUUGACUGCAAACAUUCUACAAGCAAAUAAGAACUUUCGCGCAGAUUCUUUUCGUUAAUUGCGUCAUCAGUUUUUUUAAACUGAUGAUUGAGGGUGAUACAAAGUUGCAACUCUGUGUUUGAAAAGUAGCAACAUCGAGUCAGAAGUUUGGAAUAAAACGGAAAACAUAUCAAACCCCUCCGUUUGCGUUUUUGUAGGGGGCUGUCGUGUUUUCCCAAAGCUUGACGCAUUUUUUAGGUUUUUUGGCCAACAUUUUAAACAUGGUUGGGGAAAUGGAAACGAAGGAGAAGCCUAAGCCGACUCCUGAUUAUCUGAUGCAGCUCAUGAACGACAAGAAACUGAUGAGCAGCCUGCCAAACUUCUGUGGCAUUUUCAACCAUCUCGAGCGACUGUUAGAUGAAGAAAUUGGACGGGUACGGAAAGACAUGUACAAUGACACUCUGAACGGCAGCACAGAUAAAAGGACUUCCGAGCUCCCGGAUGCUGUGGGGCCCAUUGCACAACUCCAAGAGAAACUCUAUGUGCCUGUCAAAGAAUUCCCAGACUUCAAUUUUGUGGGAAGAAUCCUGGGGCCCCGGGGCCUGACAGCCAAACAACUGGAGGCAGAGACGGGCUGCAAGAUCAUGGUGCGAGGCAAAGGAUCCAUGAGAGACAAGAAGAAGGAAGAGCAAAACAGAGGAAAGCCCAACUGGGAACACCUGAACGAAGACCUGCAUGUCCUCAUCACUGUGGAAGACUCUCAGAACCGCGCUGAGAUCAAACUCAAGAGAGCCGUGGAGGAGGUCAAGAAACUGCUUGUCCCUGCGGCUGAAGGUGAAGACAGCUUGAAAAAAAUGCAGCUGAUGGAGCUGGCCAUACUCAACGGCACAUACAGAGACGCCAAUGUCAAGUCACCUUUUUGGCCGAGAUGCAGCCAACAAGAGGCAACAACACAGUCGGCUUUCGUCGACGCUAGUUCUUUGAUGUCGGCUUGGUGUGUCCCGGGCUUUAGAAAUCAGUCAGCAGCCUUAGCCUUCUCCCUGGCCGCCACAGCACAAGCUCCUCGCAUAAUCACCGGCCCCUCCCCGGUGAUGCCCACUGGGGCACUGCGCACCCCUGCACCUACUGCACCCACUCUCAUGCCCCUCAUCCGACAGAUCCAGACCUCUGCCAUCAUGCCCACGGGCACACCCCACCACGCCCUCGUACCACAGACCCCCGAGUCAGGCAUCAUCUAUGCACCCUACGAUUACCCCUACACCCUAGCCCCUGCAACCUCCAUUCUUGAAUAUCCUAUUGACUCCAGUGGUGUUUUAGGUAUGGCUUUCCCGACAAAAGGUGCAGUGACUACUAAAGUACGAAGGCAGGAUAUGCGCGUCCAUCCUUACCAAAGGGUAGUGACCGCAGAACGAGCCGCCACCGGCAACUAACCAAUGACCCUCUGAACUCUUCACCCAAUGAUGACCUGACCAUUGCCUGCCUGCUGACCAGUUCUCUGGCUCUCGUCCUUCGCUUCUAUGUUUUGGCAGCCUGCUGGUGAGCCCAGAAGCAGCUUUAAUUCGCUUAACACAGCCGAGAAGUCGUGAUGGCCCCACGCCACCACCCGCAGAACCGAAUCGCUCCCCUUCUCAAACUGAGGACCUCCUUGGUCAGGUGACCUGGGCUUCCCAGCCUGCACUGAAGUGUCAUAAAGCAAUAAUGCUGUCUGGGCGACACCUAAAAUCCUAAUGUUAGCCCUUCACAUGCACACACUAAAUAAACACAAAUCUUUAUUUGUUUCUAAAAAUGAAUAAUUGACCAUAAUGUUUAAAACUCUAAGUUUGUGCACUGCAGUUCUCAUAACAUCCCGAAGAGUUUAAAACGAAAAAACCCAGCAGUUUACUUUAAAACUGACUUAUAGGUCCAAAAAAGGGAUGUAAAAGCCAUGCUUGCCUUCUUCAGAGAGCUGUCGAAAAGCAUUCAGACACACGAGGAAGUGUACAAACACUGAACAUCAAUUAAUAUCUUUUUGAUACGAGGGUGCUGCACAGGAAAUGAUUAUAUAUAUUUUUCACAGGUGAUCCUUUUUUUGUAUUAAAAAAGCAGUAUUGUCAAAAUGUGAUGAGCAAACAACGUUUAUUUCCUUAUGAAAAAUAUUUAGAGACCAAAACGGUGUCUUUUUUUAAAUAAAAAAAAUCAAACAAGUGCCUUAUUUUACACAAUAUCAUCAAUUACGAACAAGUAUGAAUGUCCAUCAAUGUGUUUUAUGCCAACAUAUCAGGUACUUCUGUUCAAUUCCUCUUUAUCGAUGAUCAUGAAAACAAGAGGUGUACAGAACAAUGUUACAGGCGUUACACUCAAAAACUAAUGUUUUUAUGUGCAUUUUCUAAUUUUUCUUUACAAAUAACGAUUAAUAAGAGUUUUACCCUGUCACACUACAUUAGGUACUUCUUGAGCCCUUUACGCUCGCAAUUUGUUUGUUUUUGAAAAUGUAUGUGUAUGUUUAUAGAGCCGUCACUACAUCUGUUAUACAGCAAUGAAGCACAUCAAUAUGAAACUAUUACUUAGAUUCCAUAUUUUUCACUCUGCUUAUAUCUCAAGGAGCAUUUAUUCAAUUCAGCAGGUUGAAAUUUAUAAAGGUUUGGGGUUAAUUAGUACAGAACUCAUUUUAUUCCUUUUAAAGAAUUGAAGUGUACUAGAGGAGCAUGUUUGUAUGCAGACAUGUCACAUUUCUCCAUACCUUUCUAUGCAAAUGAGUUUGUUUUAUUAAAAUGACUGAAUAAAUUUCCUUCAGUUGGUCUUCCAGUACCAUUUCAGUGCUUAAAAACAAUGAAACUAAAAGCCUAUUAACAAAUUAUGAUUACAUUUUGUUAUUUGGUUAUCAUAACUGGAUUUUGAGAAGAUACAUCUCCUUUUUUUUUUUUUUUUUUUUUUAAUAAUGUUGGUUGUAUUUAUGCAGAGCAAAUGCAAUACUUUUUAGACGUUUGAGGUUGUGAUCCAGUUGCAUGUCAUUUUUUUUAUUUUUUAUUAUUAACCUGGAAAUUGCUAAAGGAAAAAUGAGGAUCUCUCACCCUGUCAGCUUGACCAGGAACUGGAGUUGUUUGUUAAUUUGUGUUUUUUGGUUUAGUGUUUGCUUUCCAUGCAGUAUUACGAUAGACUAUGUUGGUGUGUGAGAGCAUGUGUGUUUACUGAUGAUUGUGUGAGCGAGUGUUUGUGUAUUGUAUAUGCCAAUGAACUGCAACUUGCCAUUCAAGCUUAUUAUUAUUGUCAUUUUUCUUUUUUUCUUUUUUGCAAAAACAAGCAGCUCCCUGCAUUGGAAAAUAUACGGUCCUAUUUAUAACCAUUGUAACAUUUUAUAAUGUAUUUUUCUAUCAUAUUUUGUAUGUGAGAAAUAACAUUAAAUCACAUUUCCAGAUAUGAACAGUAUGCCUUAUUACAAAAAUUGAUAUGAGAGACAUAUUUUUUCCAUGAUGAUGAUAUUCCAUAGGUGAUGGAAAAUGGAAAACCCCAUUUGAUGAACAAUAUUAUUUGGUUUCAGCCUCACUCUCAGCAAGUUUUAAAGUUGUUAUUAUUUGCUGGGGUGUUUGGUUUGUCAUUGUUGCUUUGCCUCUGUGCCUUCUUAUGUAAAUUGUAAGCUAUUAACCAUUUCUAGUUAUAUAAUUUGAUUAAUCUUUUCUUGCCGAUUGUUCUAACAUUUGAUGAUUUCUUUACAUUAACCCUGUCAAUAAUUUCUUUUGUCUGCUUUGAAUCAUUAGAGCAGGAUUUGUGUGAAGUUAAGCAAAAGAGUGUUUUACUGACUGAUAUAUGCUGGACUAAACUCUGUAAUGAGAAGCAAUAGCGGAAUAUUAAAAUCAUAGUUUUAAAAAUUAAA